UGUUUGGAUCGCCUGCAACUGCAACUGACCUCUCACUCUCUAUUCUAUUUCUAUUCCCCAACUUUCUUUAUUGUUCCUCUGCUUUUUCUUGGCCUUUAUGCUCUUCCACUUGUCUCAACCCAAUUCAAAUAUCUCCCUCUUCCCUAUAUAUAUUCCACCCCCUCUCUAUCUUCUCUUCUUCCAAUUAACAACCCUAUAAGAGAAUCCAAGGCAAGCUAAUUGCUCAGAGUAAUGGCAAAGUAUUGGAGUGGAAGAAACCAAGAAGAAGAGGAGGAGGAGGAAGAGGCAUUGUCACUCUGUGAUUUACCAAUCAAUCUGGUCAAGACGGAGGAGACUCAUCAGUUAAUAAGAGAAUCGUCAGAAGAUGGAGGAGGAGGGGAAGAGAAGGAAGGUUCGAGUAAUAAGACAUGCGAGAGAGAGGAGCCGGAAUUUGACUUUGGGUGGUGGGGAAACAACAGGGCGAGUGUUUCAUCCGAGUCGCACAUGUGCGCGGCGGAUGAGCUCUUCUUCAAGGGCCAACUCCUCCCUCUUCGCCUCUCCCUCAGCUCGGAAAAUGGCUUGGUCUACCGGUCUAUGUCGAGGUCGGAGUCAAUGGACCACGGCUCGGUGAGCAGAUUCAUCGGGAGCAGGAGCAGUAGCAUCGGAAGCUACCAUUCCUCCUCAUCAUCAUCGACUAAUUCGAGCUUCGCCACCAAUAGAGGAGAUCAUCAAAAGCCACCUUUUAGAAAUCAUAACUCACACACGCACCCGAGCCCUAAACCUCAGUCCCUUAACGCUCCUUUCGCGCCAUACCGCCAGGCGAGCCUCCGAUCUACCCAGAGCCACAACAAUAGAUUUUCCCUGUGGGACUUUUUCAGGACUGGCCUAGUUCGCACGCCUGCUACCGAUAUCGAACUGCGGGAUCUCAAGUUUCGCAGAAAGCAUUCCGUAAUCAGUCGUAACAAUAGCAACAGUAGCACUAACAGUAACAGUAACAGCAAUGCCCAGAGCAACUCCCCAUCCAAGAGGACGGGACAAUCCAGAUCACUAUUCAAUAGGAAUGUUGGGGGGUUGCUGGGAGUGAAUUGCAAGUGCUCAGUCGAGACAGUUCCCUUGAACGCUGCCACGACGAAGGCUGACCUCGUAUUCCAAAAGAGGAGGACUAGCAGUAGCGUCGAAGAGAAACUACUGCAUAACGAUUCGAAGAAGACGAAGACGAAUACGAUGAAAAAGAAGAAGAAGAAGAUGAAGCAAAAGCAGGCAAUGUCACGGCAGAGGACGAGUGAGUGGUUGAAGGAGCUAUCGCUUUCACAUGCAACAAGCUAAUGCUUUGAUUGAUUUGCCAGCACCCAAAGUGCUCUAAACGCCUCGCGUGCCUUGGUUAAAUUAUUGUCAAUCUCUCCCUUUAGUGGGACCUUUUUCGUAGUGUUCAAAUUAAAGGUAGCCCAAAAAGGAAAAUUAUAAUAUGGGCGUGAGAGGCUCACGGCAUGGCCAAUAUUCAUCAACUUCGAGAUUUCGAUCGUCUACCUCUUGUACUGUGUGUCGCAAUUAAUUGUAAAAAAGAUGGUUGUGGGUCGAUUUCCUCAAACGACAUUGAUUCUACUAGAGAAUUGAUCAAUAAUCUCUGAUUAGGAAGAAUGUGUAUGGGUCCCUCUUUCGAGCUUAUAUUGGAUUCAAUGAAUGUAGGUUGAUCAUAA